AUGGAACAAUUGCCAUACAUGUUGGUAUCGGAAUAUCUCUCUACAACAUAUAAUCAAGAUGAAGUAAAGUGCAUCACUAAAUACUUCAAUGUGGUAACAUUAACGAAUAUUAAAGAAAACAAAGGCUUGGCAGAAAAAGUCGAGGCCAUCGGUAUUUUAUGCUGGAAACUUGUAGUCACCAAAGACCUCUUGGAUAGUCUUCCUAACCUGAGGACGGUAGCGAGUGCUGGAGCGGGGGUUGACCAUCUCGACUUGCCUCUGCUCUGGAGCCAUGGCGUCUCUGUGUCCCACACUCCCGAUGUUGUCUCUGCCACCACGGCUGACAUGGGCAUGGCUCUGCUACUUGCAUCUGCCAGGGAGGUGGUGAAUGGUGCCUACCUUACAAAAUCACCGAAUUUUAUGGAUGGAGGUCACAUCUUGGUUGGCGUGGACGUCUAUGGUGCCGCUCUUGGGAUCUUAGGAAUGGGUCGUAUUGGCCGUUUGGUGGCGGAGAGAGCCCGUGGUUUUCACAUGUCCAUUCUAUACCACAAUCGCACAAGGAGACCAAUACAUGAGGAGACAGCCUUGGGUGCUCAAUAUUGCCAAAAGAUUGACGAAGUCCUGGAAAAAUCUGACUUCCUCGUGAUCGCAGUCGAUGCAAACCCAGGAACAGUAAAAAUCAUUGGAGAACGGGAACUCAAGCUGAUGAAGACCAAUGCCACGAUCAUCAACAUCUCCAGAGGCAUCGUGAUAGACCAAGCUGCUCUCGUGAAAGCCCUCCAGAACAAGUGGAUCAGAGCAGCUGCUCUUGACGUCACCGACCCAGAGCCACUGCCCAGGGAUCACCCUCUGCUGCAACUUCCAAACGUGAUCGUCACUCCUCACAUCGGGGCCUCUACGGUUCACACGAGACGAGAGAUGCUUCAAAGUGUUGCAGCAACUGCCCUGGCAGCUGUGCAGGGCCGGCCCAUCCCGCACGAAGUGAAACCUCAUCAGGGCUGA